CAUUUUUGAAAAUGCAGCUGUUGAGCUGUUUCUUAAUUGUUUUUCUAAGUAGCUGUUUGGGAAAACUGGACCAAAAGCAGAUGCAAUCCACAAUUGAGCAGGCAAAAGCGUGCUACAAGGAGUUGGGCAUGGCGGAGGAUUCGGAUCUUGUGAUGCGAGCGAUUCAGAAUGUAGAUCUCGACUUUAGUGAUCAGGAAGUUGACUUCAUCAGGUGUGUUCAGCUGAAACAAGGCGUGCUCGAUGCAGAAGGAAACUACCACACCCAAAAAAUAAAGGACUUUUUUCUGCAAAGCAAAACCUUCAACGAAGAGAACGUGAAUGAAGUCGUGGACGCGUGUUUCGAUCUUCCGGAGGAAAUGCCCGUGAAGGAAAAAGUGCGCAAGUCUUACAGCUGUUUGUUGACGAAGAAAAAGUUUGAUUUUGUGUAAAUAGAUACAAGAUAUUUUAACUAAAUGGAAAGUUAAUCGUUUAAUAUCAAUAAGGCCAUCACAAAUUUAUUUCAAAGU